CGAGACCCUGCGGACGCCACUGCCCGUUCUGCGACGUGGCAACUCUGCCGGCAAUCAGCUGCCGGUUUGUUAUUCAACCAAAUUUGAGGCACAAAAGUACCCACAAGAUAAUGGAAUUUCUGACUAAAGUUUGGGCCAAGGAGGCAACGAACGCAGCCGAUGUAGAAGCCCCACCCGCCGCGGCACAGAAUAAAACCAAUUCACCAGCUUCCGAUGCUUCUGCCAGUCAAGAAACAACGGAAUCCUCCGAUGGAACCAGCCCGAAGGAUUGGGGCUAUGACCUGUACCCGGAGCGGAAGGGAGAGACCUUCAAGCCAAAAUGGACCAAGGUACUCUUUGGAAUGGAGGGUCAGGAGAACAUCGAUCGCUUCAAGUGCGAGCAGAAUGUUUAUUGGUGUGUCAAAAAUGGACCACUGGUGAAACUAAUGAUGGGAGCCUUGAAGAGCUCCGGCUGCCCCAUUGAUUUGCGCCGCCACAUCUCCUGCGAAGUGUGCGAUCCCACGGUCACGGGCGGCUACGAUCCCAAGCUCAACCAGAUCGUGGUGUGCCAAAAUAUGGCCAAGAACAAGAGCAUGGUUCACGGAGUGCUCACCCACGAGAUGAUCCACAUGUUUGAUUAUUGCAACAAUGAUAUGGACUUCCGGAAUGUAGACCAUCUGGCCUGCACGGAGAUCAGGGCGGCGAAUCUGGCGCAUUGCUCAUUCCUAAGUGCCAUGUUCCAGGGGGAUGCCUCACCUUUUAAUGUCAAGCAGGCGCAUCAGAACUGUGUGAAAACCAAGGCCCUGGCCUCUGUUCUGGCUGUGAGAAAUAUAAGCAAAGAAGAUGCCAUUGCUGCGGUGGAGAGGGUUUUUCCAAAGUGCUAUGCAGAUCUGGAGCCAAUUGGCAGGAGGAUUCGGCGCAACUCCACGGACCAACAGAAGGCCUACAUGGAGGGACCCAUGUAUGGUUAUGAUGUUUAUUAAUUUGUUAUAAAUGUGAAUUCGUUUUAGGAAAACAACAAAGUUGAAUAAAACUAUCUUUUUAAGCUUUGGAA